ACAUAGCACAAGGAACCAAGACGGUAUCUCUGUGUGUGCUCUGCUUUCACUGUACUUUACUCACUGGGCCUCUCAUUUCACAAAGAGAGAGAAUGGACUUCAUCAGUGUAUUCUUUUUCUUGGUGCAAGUUUCAAGUGCAUUCAGACCCAGUACUGUGGUCGGUUGGCGUGGAGGCUCUGUCACUAUAAAGUGUCCCACGAAAAACCAGGACAUGAGAAAAUUCUGGUGCAAACAGAGCAAUGAAGGGGAUUGUACCACCAUCAUCUCCACUUCACCAUUCACCCAUCACAAAUACAAUCACCGAGUAUCCCUCACAAACUUGCCCAAGAAAGGGAUAUUCCAAAUAGAAAUGAGGAGACUGGAGGAGCUGGAUGCUGGGCUGUACAUGUGUGGGUUUGGAAGGAUAAACAACAGACCCAGCACGUGGACCCUCCAAGUGGACCUGAAAGUUUUUGACGGGAAAGCUCCGUUUGGACCAGGCCUGGUGCAUGCUGAAUACCCAAGGCGUAACACCCCCCGUGUGAUAAGUGUUGUCCAGAUGCUACCAAGGAGUCAUCCAAGCCAAGCUCCUGCCACUCAAGCCACCAAGCCAGCCCAAAUCACUGCGCAAAGAAAGGCAACGUCUAUUUUGCCCGUGGCAUCAAGCCCCAGCUCCACUACAGGCACCACGAGCACGCCUGCAAGAGUCAUAAGCAGCACUCCUGCCUAUGAAACAACUGGGAGCAUGACCCAGGGAGUCACGGAGGGUCCCAGGACAAACAAUUUUGCUCGCCACCACUAUCCUAAAAGCCCUGUGACGCGCAAACGGAAAGAUAGCCCUUAUAUCCUGAUAAGCAUUAUCCUGGUAAUUCCAGUGCUAAUGGCUUCUAUGUUAAUGAUGAGGAAACUACUACGAUGGAAGAAAGCAGUUUCCAAUGGGACCCGUGAAAUAAGCCAGAGGCUGAGCGCGCUCGAACGUCUCCAAGGACAGGGUCCAGCAGAGAAUAUCUACAGUGCAUGUCCCCGGCUGCCUCGGCAGAACAGUCCCCAUGUGCCUGGUGAAUUGAAUCAGCAGAGAGUUGACUCAGGAGAGCUGUAUACCCUAUUAUGGACAUGUGAAGCGCUCCCCAGUCAUCAACCCAAUAGAAGCAUCAGCCAUCAAACAAACACAUACUGCUUGGAAGUUAUUUCUUAGUUUUUUCCUUAGAUCUUGCUUGAAGUCAGUAUACUGACGGAUACCAAAACCAGCAAGUUCUAGUGCAUAGGUAGAGGCAACAUUUUCUUCUAAACUUUUGUUCAGUGCACGUGAAGUUUUCCCCUACGCAGGCGGCCAAUGUAGGAGCUCAUGUUCCUUAUACUAGUGUAACUCCAUUGACUUCAGUGAAGUUUUGGACUAUUGGUAGAUUUAUUUGAGAGAGACUAGAUUCAGGCCCUAGCCAACUAUCACAGCCCUGGAGUAUGUCCCUCUUGAACCAUGGAGAAAACUUUUGUUGCCACUGUCCAAACAGCAGAUACACCCCCCAGGCUGCUUUCCAGAGGCUCUCAUGUGGUAUUUAGCUCUCCCUUUCAUGAUUUUAGCCCAGGACCCCACGUAACCCUGGUGCACUAACAAUAGGGAGAAUGGCUGUGUUAGUAGGAGAGUAGAAGAGGACCACAGGUCCCGUUUCUGUCUGGCCUCGUUAAACAAUCCCUUCAUAUUAUAGCUAACUCCUCUCCCUCCUGCAGACAGAGACCUCCUCCCGCUUCUUAGAUGCUGUGCUUCAUUUAAACACCGUCUAAAAAAAGAAGUUACCCACAUUUGCUUUUUAAGUUAGCUGUUAACAUUUUAUUAGCUGAAGAAAAACAAAAGAAAAAACAACAACUCUGACCACAUAUUUAAAUACAGAAUUAAACAGCUUGAGAACUGCAAGAACAAAUAUUGUCUUUACACCUGACAACAGCAGCUUGUACAAUAUGUACAUACUGAGUGACUGGCAAUACAAUCAUGCCAUUUAUCAUAGAAGAAGAGAGACAGUUAUUACAUACUCUCUUGACUAUAAAUACUUUUAAAUUAGUUUAUAAAUAGCGCAUAUUUAAAAUAAAUAGCCUUUGGAACUUGCACAGCAACUUCUAUAGAGGAUCUCAAAGUCCUUUGAGACGGAUGUUAAAAAAGGGAAAACUAUUUUUAAUGGCAAUAUUUUUUACCAGCAGGCCUGUUGGUGUCUGAUAAGUUCUAGUUGCCAAAGCCUGUGCCAGAGAAUUGAGAACUUCACAAGGUGUUAGGUUGGAUGAAGGCUUAUCCAUGUUUGUGUAACACUGGGACUGAUCUCAUCUCACUCACACUUGGAAUAAAAUGCUAGGCCCAUUUGAAGCCAACAUUCGACUUGCCUGGAACCAGGAUUUCUCUCCAGUUGUGUAGCCUUGUGACAUCCUCUGCUACAAUGGGGUUAUUCUGGGUUUGCACGAGAUUAAGUGAAAGGAGACUAAGCAAGCUGGAAAGCGUGAGCAUCGCCUCACUCAGAGAAGUUGUCGCAGCCAACUCAAUGAGAUAUUUAGGAAUGCAAUGGUUUUAAGCAUCUGAUGAAGCAGGCAGUUGCCUAUGAAAUCUCAUGCCUCUCUGAACAAUUUAGUCUUGAAGGUGUCACCCUGCCCUGCAUUUUGCAUGAUUUCAGACCAACACAGCUAACCACCUCUCCAAGCAUUCAAAAGAGGUCAAACUGGAAGUAAGAGAGGCUUUUGAGAAAUUUAAGGGACCUCUCAGUAGUAGACAAACUGGAAAUGCUGUUGGAAGAGUGGUUCUCAUCAUAUUAUGGUGCCACAGGGGCAAAUUUUUAAAGUUACCCGCAAUUUUGUUUUUUAGGAGAAAUGUUCAGUGGAUUCAAUUCAAAUGCAGGGCUGGGGGAAGAUUCUAGCUUUUUUUUUUUUUUUUUUACUGUGACUUUCAUCUCGGUGCCCACGGCUACCAAGUAUGCAUUGGAAUCAAACAGAGACAAGGGAUGCUCCUGAAUUAAUCCAGCUCCAAACUCUGAUGCAAGGCCAUCAUUAACAAUAAAUGAUGGAAGUGCAGCCAUAGGAGAUUUUUAAAAAACAGCCUGUUUCUGCCCUAGUCCCAGGUUUUGUGCUGCAAAGUAGCAAGAGCUUAUCACUCUGAGAUUAGGCCAGUUUCGGUUACACAGCUCUCUCAAUGGAAAGCAACAUGGAGCCACUUUGAUGUCCUAGAGAUCAGCGUCUUGCAGGAUGCCUCCCUGAGCUGUAGACACCAGGCCUCUGUAAGCAACAUGCGCAGGGCCAGCUCUUCAGCUGGGGUAAAACACUGCAUCUCCCCGAGACUCAGCGGAGCUACACCCAUUUACACCUCUUGCUGAGUUUUCCCACAGCAUUGCAAACAGAAUAUAUAAACAAUUCAAAUAAAUUAAGACAUUAAAAAAAAAAA